GCCUGCCACUUCAAAACAACCCUUGCCUUCUCAAUAAGAUCUGAUCUGAUAGGCGCAGUUCAAAGGCCGCUCAUCCUCCCCAAUGUCAGCUCAAAGGCCGCUCAUCCGCCGAACGAAGCCGUUAUUCAAGGCAUCGCCACCGUCUUCAGUUGAUCUUCCCUUCUCGGAGCCCUCAAAUGAAUCCCCAGAUUCAAUUGCGAACUCGGCCGACACCUUCCUUGCCGAGAAGAUUAUGUUGACUCUCAAACGAGGUAUGCAUUCUCGGAGCUCCCUGUUUCUUAGCCUAAACGCAUCCGUUUAUCUUGAUGUUAUUAGCAAAUGUCGCCAUAAUUUGCCUUUUGCUUCGAAAUUUGUCGACUCGGUUUCGAGAAACAAUCCCAAUUUCAAGCAUUCAUCCACCUCCCUCAGCGCCGCCGUUCAUAUACUGGUCAGGUGCCAGAGAAUCUCUGAAGCGCAGGCUUUGAUACUGAGGAUGGUUCGAAAGAGUGGUGUUUCUAGGGCCGAGACAGUUGAAUCCAUGGCCUGCGCUUACAAUAUUUGUGGAUCGGAUUUGUAUGCUUUUGAUUUGUUGAUCAGGACCUAUGUGCAGGCUAGGAAGUUGAGGGAAGCCGUAGAAGCGUUUCGGUUGUUGCUGAGCAGAAGGUUUUGUGUUACUAUAAAUGCUUGUAAUAGUCUUCUCGGAGGCCUAGUCAGGAUUGAAUGGGUUGAUUUGGCCUGGGAAGUGUACAGGGAAAUGAUCAGGAAUGACGUUCCAGUGAAUGUGUAUACUCUCAAUAUAAUGGUUAAUGCCUUUUGUAAAGUAGGGAAAAUUGAAGAUGCGAGGUUGUUUAUUGAUGAAAUGGAUGAAAAAGGGAUUUUGGGUGAUAUUGUGACUUACAACACUCUGGUUAGUGCAUAUUGUCGUAAGGGUCUUCUAGAUGAUGGUUUUGAAUUGAUGAAUGCGAUGUCCCUCAAGGGAUUGAAACCGUGUUUGUUGACCUAUAAUUCCAUUGUCAAAGGACUAUGUAAGAAGGGACAGUAUCAGAAGGCAAGGGUUGUUUUGAACCAGAUGGUGGCUAGUGGUUUCAAUCCUGGCUCUUCUUGUUAUAAUGCAUUGCUUGCCGAGUGUUGUAGAAAAGGUAACGUGUCUGAGUCUGAAGCAAUUUUCAACGAAAUGGCUGGUCUUGGUGUCCUUCCAGAUUUGCUUAGUUAUAGUUCACUAAUUGGGUUGUUUUCAAGAAUCGGAUGUCUUGAUCGUUCAUUAGAGUAUUUCAAGGAUAUGAAAUUAAAGGGGAUUGUUCCAGAUAAUGUGAUUUAUACUCUUCUAAUUGGUGGCUUUUGUAGAAACCGUUCCAUUUCUGAAGCUUUGAAGAUGCGUGAUGAAAUGUCAGCUCAAGGUUUGCCCAUGGAUGUAGUUACUUACAAUACUUUUCUGAGUGGCUUAUGCAGAGAAAAGAUGCUCUCCGAGGCUGAUCUGAUGUUCAAUGAGAUGGUUGAGAGGAGAGUGUUUCCAGAUUUUUGCACAUUCACAACACUUAUGAAUGGAUAUUGCAAGGAUGGUAAUAUGGAGAGGGCAAUGUCACUGUUCGAUUCAAUGCUUCAGAGAAACCUCAAGCCCGAUGUCGUAACAUAUAAUGCCUUGAUUGAUGGGUUUUGCAAGGCUGGUGAUAUGAAAAGGGCUUUUGAACUAAGAGAUCAUAUGAUUUCUGAAAGCAUAUGUCCUAAUUGUAUUACAUAUAGCACUUUAAUAAAUGGUUAUUGCAACAAGGGUUGCAUUUAUAAUGCAUUGGGAUUGUUUGAAGAGAUGGUCGGUUUAGGCAUUAAGCCCACCAUUGUCACAUGCAACUCCCUUGUUAAAGGAUAUUGCAGAUAUGGUAAUGCUGAGAAAGCAUGGGAGUUUCUAAACAAGAUGCACUCUGAAGGAGUGUUUCCAGAUUCAGUUACAUAUAAUACUCUAAUACAUGGUUUGAUUAGGGAGGAACGAUUGGACAGAGCGCUUAACUUAUUUUAUGAAAUGGAAAAUAAGAGAAUAUUUCCUGAUGUGGUAGCAUACAAUGCCAUUCUGGGUGCAUUUUGUAGGGUGGGUAGAAUGGAAGAAGCCAAUUUGAUGUAUAGGAAAAUGAUAGGGAGGGGCAUAAAUCCAGACCGGUCAACAUAUACGUCAUUGAUAAAUGGACAUGUAUCACAGGAGAACUUGAAGGAGGCUUUCAUAUUUCAUAAUGAAAUGCUCCUAAGGGGCUUUGUGCCUGACGAUAAGUUUUAACUUUCACUUUCUACUUGAAAAGCCUUAUUGAGUUAUCUUUGCACCUCCAUAUAUGAAGUUCCCUACCCUAUUCUUCUUCCAUUUCUAAUCUAUAAAUGGUUGCUGAGAGUCUCUGACAGACUACACAUACCAAACCAAACAUACCUGGCAUAACUCACUAAGUAAGAUCUGUGUUGUCUGUGGGGUGGGGAUGCAAGCCUUACAUCUGCCCCAAGGAAUAGAGAUGUUCUCGUGAAGGCUCCCGUAAAGUAGUGCAAAGUCAUGCAAAAAAUGUCAGUACAAAACCAAGUCUGACACAGACUACACGCGUUGAAUAAUGGAGGAAAUGGGUAUGUUUCACCAACUUCCCUUUACAUAAUACUUCAUAUUUGCUUAAAAAAUCUUGUUUCAAACAUAAAUUUGUCCAAGAAAAAGAUUUCAUUCUGUUGAAAACAAGCUAAUUAUUCCUGCAAUUUGUACAAAGAGUCAUGAAAAAUGUAGUUGAACCACAAAGAAAAUUUCAAAUGACAAGCAUGAUCCAUGAUGCAUGAUAGUUCUACUUGACCAAACUUUAAAAGUUGCAAUUUGGUAAUAAGUUUGUAAUGGUGGUAUUCGCACAAUUUUUGAUGUAAAAGUCAGUGCUUAGUCGUCGUUAAAUUCUUAUCAAGAAGGAAAAUUUCUUCUUGCGGGGAUACCCCAUGGAUAUAUUGAAUUUUUGUCAUUUGUGGCUGGUUGAUGAUGGCAUGAUGCUAGACUAUGCAGCAUUGUUGCAUGUUGACAUGUUCUUUCAAAGGCAUAGGCAUUUCUGAACUCAAGAUAAAAAUCAUUUUUUUAAAUGUCGGUCCUAGGGUAUAGAGUUACAUUCUUCUGCCUACGAUUCUCUUAUAUGAUGAUCCUUAAUUCCUAUGUUGCUAAAUGUUAUACCACUGUGACGUUGAUUAGAUUUUAUUUGCUUCAGAACAGAGAAUUCAAUUUUCAUUGAAGAUCGAGGGCAGACUGAAUCAGGAAGCAAGUGGAUUACUCUGAUUGAGCUCCAUAACCCUUGAACUUCACAACUACUGGCAUAGUCUUUGAGCAUCAAAACAUAUUGCAUAGUCUGACAUUACCUCUGUAAAAAGAAAAGAGGGUGUUUCCGCUAGACGCUGGAUGCAUUUACUGCCAAAAUUUCAUAGAACCAUAGAAGUAAGAAGCAUGAAAAGUCUAAUGUGCCCUUUUGGAUUUAGCCCAUUAUUUAUCUCAUACUAAAAUGCUGUAAAAGUGACUUUUUUUUAUAGCUGAAUUGGCAAUGUAUGUGAACCGAAAGUUGGGAUGAAAAGCAACGCCAAACGCCCCCAAUCAUCUGGGUGAGACAUACGCUCGAGGGAUGGGUGGUAGGACUGGUGGCUAAGGUUCUUUGCGUGGAUUCCAUCGCUGCCUCCUCGAUUCCUUCAUACUGGUUCCCAUUUACUAGUUAAUGUGGCCAACGGAGAUUUCCAAUUGACAACUUCUCUUCACAUCACAACUUGGUAACUUUGAAUUUUGAUUAGAGCUGUAGUGGAACAAAAUAUGUCCUUUUCAAAUAUGUUGAGACAUAUUAACAUUUGAUUGAUUGAUGUGGAUGCCAUA